AUGUCCUUGAAUGCAGCAGCAGCAGCAGCAGCAGCAGCAGCAGCAGCAGCAGCAGCAGCAGCAGCAGCAGCAGCAGCUUUUGAAGGCAGCAGCAGCAGCAGCAGCAGCAGCAGCAGCAGCAGCAGCAGCAGCAGCAGCAGCAUGGAGUGUAUGUACAGAGACACUCGGACCUCCUCCCAGAAGACGGCUGAGGAGACAGAGGAGCAGCAGGAGUGUAUGUACAGAGACACUCGGACCUCCUCCCAGAAGACGGCUGAGGAGACAGAGGAGCAGCAGCAGCAGCAGCAGCAGCAGCAGCAGCAGCAGCAGCAGCAGCAGCAAGACUCUGUCUUUCGUGACGACAGCAAAUACAAGGCUUUGUGGGUUGGGGACCUUAAGUUCUUCGGCAUAGGCUUGAGGCUGGCAGCAGACGACAAGGCCUUUCUCGCGGCAGUGCAGCAAGACGGAGCUGAGGGUUUUCUUGCUGCUGUUGCUGCUGCUGCAUGCAGCGGGGCUGUCUCAAUCUUGCAUGCACCCAGCAGCAGCAGCAGCAGCAGCAGCAGCAGCAGCAGCAGCAGCAGCAGCAACUGCUGCAGAAGCAGCUGCAGCAAAGACUGCAGCGAGAAACACGCCUCCCCAUCUCCCCCUUCUUCUGCUGCUACUACGAGCAGCUGCAGCAAAGACUGCAGCGAGAAACACGCCUCCCCAUCUCCCCCUUCUUCUGCUGCUACUACUACUACUAAUAAUUCUACUGCUGCUGCUGCUGCUGCUGCUGCUGCACAGCAGCAGCAGCAGCAGCAGCAGCAAGCUGCAGCAGGAGGUGCCUCCUUUGGCAGCAUGGAUGAGGUCUCCUUAGACGGCACGGGGCCCUGA